CCUCGCUCACCAGCUAGCCGCACAAACAGAAACAGACGCACUCGCCCGCCGCGCCACGCAACACAGCCCCGUCCCGGCCGUCCAACACCUCUCCCAUCUGCUCUCCCUCCCUCUCCAUGGCCACCACGCUGACGGCGCUGCUCAAGGAGGCGGCGGCCGCCUUCCCGGCCCGCCGCGCCGUCGCCGUCCCGGGUAAGCUGGAGCUCACGCACGCCGCCCUCGACGCGCUCGUCGACGCGGCGGCCGCGCGACUCGCCGUCGACGCCGGAGUCCUCCCGGGCCACGUCGUCGCGCUCGCUUUCCCCAACACCGUCGAGCUGGUGAUCAUGUUCCUGGCGGUCAUCCGCGCGCGCGCCGUGGCGGCACCGCUCAACCCGGCCUACACGCAGGAGGAGUUCGAGUUCUACCUCUCCGACUCGGAGGCGCGCCUCCUGAUCACCAACGCCGAGGGCAACGCGGCGGCGCAGGCGGCGGCCGCCAAGCUCGGGCUCGUCCACGCCGCCGCAACCCUCCACGACGCGGCCGGCCCGGUCCACCUCGCCGGCCUCCCACUGGCCUUGGCGAACGGGAACGGAACCAAGAGCAACGGGUCGCACCAAGGCGGCGCGGCGGAGGGCUCUCCCAACGACAACGACCCGUCGGACGUGGCGCUGUUCCUGCAUACCUCCGGCACGACGAGCCGGCCCAAGGGCGUCCCCCUGACGCAGCGCAACCUGGCGGCGUCGGUGCGGAACAUCCGGUCCGUGUACCGGCUGUCCGAGUCCGACGCCACGGUGGUGGUGCUGCCGCUGUUCCACGUGCACGGGCUCCUCUGCGCGCUGCUGAGCUCGCUGGCGUCGGGCGCGUCCGUGGCGCUCCCGGCGGCGGGGCGGUUCUCGGGGUCCACGUUCUGGGCCGACAUGCGUGCGUCGGGCGCCACGUGGUACACGGCGGUGCCGACGAUCCACCAGAUCAUCCUGGACCGUCACGCGUCGCGGCCGGAGGCGGAGGGAUAUCCGGCGCUGCGGUUCAUCCGCAGCUGCAGCGCGUCGCUGGCGCCGGCGAUCCUGGAGCGGCUGGAGGCGGCGUUCGGCGCGCCGGUGCUGGAGGCGUACGCGAUGACGGAGGCGUCGCACCUGAUGACAUCGAACCCGCUGCCUGAGGACGGUGCCCGGAAGCCCGGGUCGGUGGGGCGCGCCGUCGGGCAGGAGCUGGCGGUGCUGGACGAGGAAGGGCGGCGCGUGGCGGCGGGGAGCCCCGGGGAGGUGUGCAUCCGCGGGGACAACGUGACGGCCGGGUACAAGGGGAACCCGGAGGCGAACGAGGCGGCGUUCCGGUUCGGGUGGUUCCACACGGGGGACAUCGGCGUGGUGGACGAGGAGGGGUACGUCCGCCUUGUGGGGCGGAUCAAGGAGCUCAUCAACCGCGGCGGGGAGAAGAUCUCCCCGAUCGAGGUGGACGCCGUGCUGCUGGGCGCCCCCGGCGUGGCGCAGGCCGUGUCGUUCGGGGUGCCCGACGACAAGUACGGGGAGGAGAUCAACUGCGCGGUGAUCCCGCGGGACGGGUCGGCGCUCCGGGAGGAGGAGGUGCUGGCGCACUGCCGGCGGAACCUGGCGUCGUUCAAGGUGCCCAAGAAGGUGUUCAUCACCGACGACCUUCCCAAGACGGCCACCGGCAAGAUACAGCGCCGCAUCGUGGCGCAGCACUUCGUGCAGCCGGCCAGUGCCUGACCGAUCGAGGAUCCUUUUCGUGUUGCUGCACCCUGGGGGUGUCGGAUUGGGAUUUCGCUAGCGGUUUGCCGUUGUUGUCGCAUUGUUGCGAGGUGGACAUGGCCUGGACCUGGAAUGACCCAGAAUAAACAAGACAACGCAAGCAUCCGGCUCUCUGUAUCGAUCGUCGUGUUUUGUUCUUUCUGGUCAGUGCGCGUGUCGGCUCAUCUCCUGUUGUUUACCGGAUGGCAUGGCGCCAAACAAUCGGCGGCAAGUGUCAGGUCAGGCGUGCAUUGAUUUUGUUUUUUUUUUCCUUUACCGGGUGAUUUGGUCCCGUGGUAACGUGGCAUAUUUUGGAGCGUACUACUAGCCACACCUCCUAGAAAGAUUACAAUUCUAAGGAAGAUUAUUUUAAA